CCUUAAAAAAAAUACAGAUUCCUUCAAUCAAAACUGUUCAAAGUUCAUUUUUUCUAAACUAGUUUACUGAUCGAGACGUAAAAGUUUUUAAGUUCAUUUUCAACAUAGAUAUUUAAUAAAAUGGCAUCAGUGAGAUCCGUCACACGUUUCCUUUUAGGAAAGAACUUAUUUAGCGGUAACAUUGUACCGGCGUCAAAUUCCGGUUUCGUGAAGUUCUACAGCGCAGCUCCAGCAUACGAAAAUAUCAAGAUCGAUGUGGUCGGGUCCAAGAAAAAUGUCGGCCUCAUUCAACUAAAUAGACCUAAAGCGUUGAAUGCGCUGUGCAAACCUCUUUUCGUGGAACUUGGAAAGGCUGUCGUCGAUUUUGAUAAUGAUAACAGCAUCGCCGCUAUUAUUAUCACUGGAAAUGAGAAGGCUUUCGCCGCCGGUGCUGAUAUCAAAGAGAUGCAGAACAACACAUACAGUCUGAACCAAAAGGGUGGCUUCCUGAGAGAGUGGGAGGAUAUUGGGAACUGUGGAAAACCCAUCAUCGCAGCUGUGAAUGGAUUCGCGUUGGGUGGUGGUUGCGAGCUGGCGAUGCUCUGCGAUAUCAUAUACGCCGGCGAGAAGGCCAAGUUCGGUCAGCCCGAGAUAAACAUUGGUACCAUCCCCGGAGCGGGCGGCACUCAGCGCCUACCUAGAUACGUCGGCAAGUCGAAGGCGAUGGAAAUUGUACUUACUGGCAACUUCAUUGAUGCGCAAGAAGCUGAGAAAAUGGGUCUUGUCAGCAGAGUGUUCCCAGUCGAUAAACUAUUAGAAGAGAGUAUCAAGUUGGCAGAGAGGAUCGGCACACACUCACCCCUUAUUGUGAAGUUGGCCAAGCAGUCUGUCAAUCAAGCAUAUGAAACACAACUCAAAGCUGGUCUGCAGUUCGAGAAAUCUAUUUUCUAUGGCACUUUCGCUACCGAGGACCGCAAGGAAGGUAUGACCGCUUUCGUUGAGAAGAGAGCACCAAACUUCAAGAAUGAGUAAUCCUUGGAUUUGUUUUAUACAUACCAAUAUGUCGAAUUUUUAUACUAUUUUUAGGUGUUUCGUAAUCGUAGAUAUAAGAGAAAGUGCAAUCAGGUUUAUUCCAGGUUGAUAUUGUUUACAAAAAGUUUACCAAUUAUAUACAAUUAUAUAUUUUUU